CGCCCCUCAGUCGACGGAGCCCGCAGCCCCCCGUGCGGCCCGUGGCAGCCCCCCGCCCCCUCGGUCCGCGCCUGCCAUGGUCCGUCCGCGCCGCGCCCCGCACCGCUCCGGCGCCGGGGGCCCCCUCGGGGGUCGCGGCCGACCCCCGCGGCCCCUCACGGUGCGCGCCGCCCGCUCGCGCUCCUGGCCGGCCAGCCCCCGGGGCCCGCAGCCGCCGCGGAUCCGGGCCCGCUCGGCCCCUCCCAUGCAAGGUGCUCGGGUCUUCGGGGCCCUGGGUCCCAUCGGGCCCUCCUCACCUGGGCUCACCCUCGGGGGCCUGGCCGUGGGCGGGCACCGGCUGAGCAACAAGCUGCUGGCCUGGAGCGGCGUCCUCGAGUGGCAGGAGAAGCGCAGACCCUACUCGGACUCCACCGCGAAGCUGAAGCGGGUGCUCCCCUGCCAGGCCUACGUGAACCAGGGCGAGAACCUGGAGACCGACCAGUGGCCGCAGAAGCUGAUCAUGCAGCUGAUCCCCCAGCAGCUGCUGACCACGCUGGGCCCCCUGUUCCGCAACUCGCAGCUGGCACAGUUCCACUUCACCAACAGAGACUGCGACUCCCUCAAGGGGCUCUGCCGCAUCAUGGGCAACGGCUUCGCGGGCUGCAUGCUCUUCCCCCACAUCUCCCCGUGCGAGGUGCGCGUGCUCAUGCUGCUCUACUCGUCCAAGAAGAAGAUCUUCAUGGGCCUCAUCCCCUACGACCAGAGCGGCUUCGUCAGCGCCAUCCGGCAGGUCAUCACCACCCGGAAACAGGCAGUGGGACCUGGGGGCGUCGCGGGCCCAGUCCAGAUCGUCAACAACAAGUUCCUGGCGUGGAGUGGAGUCAUGGAGUGGCAGGAGCCAAGGCCUGAUCCCAACAGUCGGUCCAAGCGGUGGCUGCCGUCGCACGUCUACGUGAACCAAGGGGAGAUCCUGAGGACUGAGCAGUGGCCGAGGAAGCUGUACAUGCAGCUCAUCCCGCAGCAACUGCUGACCACGCUGGUGCCGCUGUUCCGGAACUCCCGCCUGGUGCAGUUCCACUUCACCAAGGACCUGGAGACGCUCAAGAGCCUGUGCCGGAUCAUGGACAACGGCUUCGCCGGCUGCGUGCACUUCUCCUACAAGGCGCUGUGCGAGGUGCGCGUGCUCAUGCUGCUCUACUCGUCCGAGAAGAAGAUCUUCAUCGGCCUCAUCCCCCACGACCAGAGCAACUUCGUCAACGGCAUCCGGCGCGUCAUCGCCAACCAGCAGCAGGUCCUGCAGCGGAACCUGGAGCAGGAGCAGCAGCAGCGAGGGGUGAGGCAGGGGAUGGGGGGGGUAGUGGCACCCCUGGCUGGGCCCCUCCAGGAGUCACAGACGAGGCCCCUGCCGAGACUGGUGAGUGGCAACCGUGUUGAGUGCAGGCCGGACCCUCGGACGUGCCGGGGGUCAGAUGCUUCUGAGCAGGGGCCCCUGGGGACUGCAGCCGCCCAGCGAGAUGGAGGACAGAGUCCUGAGAUGUCUCCAAGGACGGUCCCCACCCCUACUCCAGGGGUCUGCCUUAGGGACUGCUGUCUGAGCUGGGAGGGGGCAGCGCACAGGGAGCUGCCAGUGACCCGGCUCGGGGCCUUCCCAGCCAAGGGCCGGGCAAUGGGCUGGGGCCUCAUCUUCAAGGCCUCCAGGGCUGGCUGUGCUCCGAGGCCCCACUUCCCGGCGCUGCCUGCCCUGCUGCUCCCCGGCUCCCGUGGGUUCAGGGGCCGCGCUGAGCUGGACGCAGAUGUGGAUGAGGGCGGUGUUUGA